CUUUCUUCUCCAUUCGGCAGCCGAGGAAUACAUACGCGUUGAGUGUUGCUGGAAUAAACUCGCACAGUGCGUCCGACAUUAGUAACGCUUGUCGCGACGCCGUGAUUCAACAUUGUGUGUUGAAUCGUCGAUAAGUAACGCAAUGGCUGAUCAAGAGAACAAGGACUUCAGCGAGGAUAUCGGCGAUCAAAGUUUCGAGCAGAAUGGCGAGGCAGAGAACGGCGGCAACGACAAUGGCAACGGUAACGGCAGCGUCGGUGCCGGCGACGGCGACACAGCGGAGAAUGGUCAGGAGUCGCAGGAAGAUAGGUCGGCGAGCGGUAACCAGGACUCUCUGAACGAUAGGAAAUUAUUUGUCGGCGGUCUAAGUUGGGAAACAACCGACAAGGAAUUGAGGGAACAUUUCAGCUCAUAUGGCGAUAUCGAGAGUAUCAAUGUCAAGACAGAUCCCAACACAGGACGAUCGAGAGGAUUCGCCUUCAUCGUCUUCGCUAAGGCUGAAUCUCUCGACAAGAUUAUGGCAGCUGGCGAUCACGUGAUUAAUAACAAGAAAGUUGAUCCUAAAAAGGCAAAAGCUCGACAUGGUAAAAUAUUUGUUGGUGGACUUACGACAGAACUCUCAGACGACGACAUCAAGAAUUUCUUUUCACAAUUUGGAACUAUCGUUGAAGUGGAAAUGCCGUUCGACAAAACUAAGAAUCAGAGGAAAGCAUUCUGUUUCAUCACCUUUGAAUCUGAACAAGUGGUCAAUGAACUGUUGAAAACUUCGAAACAGACGAUAAACGGUAAAGAUGUUGACGUGAAGAAGGCAACACCCAAGCCCGACGGUGUAGGUGGCAUGCGUGGUGGACCGGGCGGUCGUGGCGGUCGUGGCGGCAGAGGCGGCCGAGGUCGCGGAUUCGGUGGUCAAGGUGGAUGGGGACAGGGUGGUUAUGGCGGUGGGUACGGCGGCGGAUACGGUCAAGGUGGAUACGGUGGCGGUUACGAUGGAUACGGCGGCUACGACUAUUAUGGUGGUGGUGGGUACGGAGGCUACGGCGGCUACGACUAUAGUGGAUAUGAUGGAUAUGGCUAUGGCGGUAGUUACGAUGGUGGCUACAGUGGUGGGCGCGGAGGCGCACGUGGUAAAGGAGGUUCGGGAUACGGUGGCAAGCAGAGAGGAAGUGGUCGUCAGAACCAGAGGCAUCAACCCUAUUAAUAGAAAUUCUCACUUGCGAUCGUAACGCGCAAUUCGCGUUGUAACCGCCGGUUUCGCGUUCUAUAAGAAAUUUCAUAUGUCGUUCGAUCAUCAUUCCACUAGAUCACGUGUCUCUUGACAAAAAUUUAAACAACGCAGAUAACUGCCGCAAAGUCAAUCUUCAAGAUUCACUUCAAAAGAUACAGCAAUAGAUUGUCGUUUUGUGUUUAGUUGUGUGUUUUGUGUGUAUCAUGUAUACAUACACGUACACACACACACUCACAUACACUCACACACAUACACAUACGUUUGCUCUUCGAUCGGAUUCAUAUGCAAGCGCGUACCGCUUAUCACGAACACGUAUAUUAAUAGAUUAUUUUAAUUCCGUCUCUAUAUAUAUAUAUAUAUAUAUAAAAUUAUACAUGUAACGACGAAGAAAAGUCCAUCCUGGACGCAUCGAGCAGUCGGCAGUCUGCUUUUCACACGUCAUGCAAAACUUAUCUCUUCUCGCUAUUUUCGCACGACAUGUGUAAGGUAUCUCGUCUGUUGAUUCGUCCGAGGUAGGUUUCCUUAUCGAGCGUGUGUGCGUAUGUAUGAUGUAUGUAUGUGCGUGCGUGCGUGUACGUGUGCGUGUGUCUCUCUCUGUUGAGACAGUACCACUUUCGAAUGGUGUAAAAAUGACUUAGGUUUGUAACGUGUGUGCUGCGACGAAUUUUUCGCUCGAUGUAAGAACAGCGCAUGUACAUUAUAUUUAUAUACUGACAGUUUCAUUCUAAGUAAUGAGGAUUAAGAUUGUCUCAAUAUGUCGCAAUAAGACUUUUAAAGUACAA